GCAUCUUUCCUAAGGAGCACCCCAAGAAGCUCCUGACUUGCAAUGAAUGGGACGCAAGUAUGCCGCCUGAAACAAGUUAACGCACACUAUUAACGGCACUUUCCUUUUAAUAAAAACACGACGGGACUAUGAAUCUGGAUAAAUCCUUUGAGACACCGGAGCACUCUACAAAGAGCAUGACAUUUUGAGGGAACUGGGAAUAUUAUCAGUGGAUUUUCAUCUUUCUUGACUGAACCUCUUCAACUUUGAGGAUGCCGGUUUUGAAAAGAGAACAAGCAAGAGACACAGGAGAUGCAAAUGGCCUCCCAAAACUCCCAGUGCCGCCCUUGCAGCAAACACUGGACAUGUAUCUGAAGUGCAUGAGCCACCUCAUACCAGAGGAGCAGUUCAAAAAGACAAAGGAAAUUGUAGAGAAAUUUGGAGCACCUGGCGGGAUAGGAGAAUUUCUUCAGAAAAAGCUACUGGAGAGAAGCGUACAGAAGGCCAAUUGGGUGUAUGACUACUGGCUUGAAGACAUGUAUUUGAGCAACAGAUUAGCACUACCUGUCAACUCCAGUCCUGUGAUGGUCUUUCCCAAGCAGAACUUCAGGAGUCAAAGUGACACCCUCAGAUUUGCUGCCCAUCUCAUUUCUGGUGUAUUAGAGUAUAAAUCUCUUAUAGAUGGACGUGCCCUCCCUGUAGACUACGCUCGUGGGCAGCUGGCUGGGACGCCCCUGUGUAUGGAUCAGUACAACAAAGUCUUCACCUCUUACCGUCUGCCAGGGCCAAAACUUGACACUUUAGUGGCUCAGAAGAGCACAGUUAUGCCCGAACCCGAACAUAUAAUAGUGGCUUGUAAGAAUCAGUUUUUUGUUCUCGACGUGGUGAUAAACUUUCGUCGGUUGAAUGAAAAAGACCUUUACACUCAGCUGGAGCGCAUCAGAAAGAUGGCAGACAUUGAAGAGGAGCGUCUGCCUCCGAUCGGUCUGCUCACAUCAGAUGGCAGAACACAGUGGGCCGAGGCUCGCAGCGUGCUGAUCAAAGAUUCUACCAACAGGGACUCUCUAGACAUGAUUGAGCGCUGUCUGUGUCUGGUGUGUUUGGACGAGCCGUCUGGCACUGAACUGACUGAUAGCAACCGAGCUUUACUGAUGCUCCACGGAGGGGGUACGGACAAAAAUGGGGGCAACCGCUGGUAUGACAAGCCCAUGCAGUUUGUAAUAGGUGCAGAUGGAUGCUGUGGCGUAGUAUGUGAACACUCACCUUUUGAGGGAAUAGUGCUUGUGCAAUGUACAGAAUAUCUACUGAGAUACAUGAGAGGAAGCCCUUCUAAGCUGGUGAGGGCAGCCAGCAUGAGUGAGCUUCCUGCCCCCAGGCGACUGCGCUGGAAAUGCUCGCCAGAUAUCCAAACGUUCCUCACGGCCUCAGCAGACAAACUGCAGAGACUUGUGAAAAAUCUGGAUAUGAAUGUCAACAAAUUCACUGGUUAUGGCAAGGAGUUUAUCAAGAGACAGAAAAUGAGCCCUGAUGCUUAUGUUCAAGUUGCCCUCCAGUUUACAUUUUACAGAUGUCAUGGACAUCUAGUGCCCACCUAUGAAAGUGCAUCGAUACGCCGCUUUCAAGAGGGACGAGUUGACAACAUUCGCUCCUCCACACCUGAGGCCUUAGCAUUUGUGAAAGCUAUGGCCAAUAGCUCCAAAAUCACUGAUGCUGAGAAAAUGGAGUUGCUUUGGACUGCCAUUAAAGCCCAAACCAAUUAUACAAUUCUAGCAAUCACUGGGAUGGCAAUAGACAAUCACUUGCUGGGGCUGCGAGAGAUUGCCAAGGAGCUGAAACUAGAAAAACCAGAGCUGUUUUCUGAUACAACCUAUGCCACCAGCAUCCACUUCAUUCUCUCCACAAGCCAGGUUCCUACCAUUGAGGAGAUGUUCUGCUGCUAUGGUCCUGUCGUCCCUAAUGGCUACGGAGCCUGCUACAAUCCUCAGAAGGACCACAUCAUCUUCUGCGUGUCAAGCUUCCGUGAAAGUGCCGAGACCAGCUCAGAUUUGUUUGUGAAGACUCUUGAGGGGUGCCUGAAGGAAAUGCAAGAUCUAUGCCUAAAAUGCAACACUGAAGCUAAACCAGCUGACUCCACAGAAAAGAUGGACGGAACAGCCAAGGUAAUGAAGAACGGAAGCAAGUCAUAGCAAGAAGCUACAUUGCUGGAAUCAUAUGGAACAUGCAGAAAACACUGUGACUGUAUUAAGAUGGACAUAAUAUGAGUCUCUAAAACAUAGCAAGGCUCAUAGACAGAUUUAAUGAAUACUUUUGAUAUGCAAAAGAGUCAAAGUAGGCAUUCCCCUUGAGAUUUUCUUCUAUAUUGCCAAAUUUUAUGACCAACAGCAGUGAUAUAGAUAUUCUAUAGAGCUGUAGUCGCUUUACAAAAGUAGAUCUAUUUAGGUAUUUUGCAUUAUUUGGCCAAUGAGAGCAUAUAGCAAGAGUAGCAGAUAUAUGCCUUCUUAAUAUGACCUGAACUAGCUAAGGUCUGUCUCCAAGAAUCCUACCCAGCUUCUCCAGGUUGUCUAAACGUAUAUUAUAGUUGACAUUGUCAAAGGCAGCGUUCAAAACAUAGCUCACACAAAAAUAAAAAUUCAGUAGUCAUUUACUCACCAUCAUGUCGUUCCAAAUCUGUGGAACACACUUUCAUCUGUGGAACACAAAAAAAGAUAUUUUAAAGAAUGUUUGAACAGUUUUUUCAACUGCCUUGAUGCUUGGUGCUGGAAACCAAAUUGGAAAUUGUCCAAGUAGUGGUUUAAGUUCAUGAAAAAAUUACAUUCUCAUUAUGUACAGAGUAAAGAAUCUCAUUAUUCUGCCUUUGAAAUACUGUAUAUCCACUUGCUUAGUAUGCAAAAUUGUGAUUUGAAAACCUAUAGCUGUUUACAAUCUAUAACCAUUUUUAUGGUCAUGUCAGAGUUAACUUACGCUUACAGAUGCCUGUCAAAAUAUAGUACUCUGAAUGACAACCCUGUGGAACUGGACCAGAAGCUGCUAUGUAAAUUUGUCUUUGUGAGUCUUAUCUUUUGCACUUUAAAGUUAAUUUAAUGUAUUUUAAAUUACAAAAAAAGUAUCUAUAUAUAUAUAUAUAUAUAGCAAAGUCUAUUUUAGGUCUUCAGUAUACAAACAAAAUAUCGGGACCAAUGUCAAGCAUUAUAAUUUAUACUGUAUGGUAUUGUAGCUUUAAAGCGUGCUGUGUUUUAUGUGUUCUAUAAAUUGAAUUCUCACUGGCUCAUAUUCUGAAAUGGAGUCUGAGGUCUUAAAAACAAGCCAAUGUGUGUAAAUGUUUAAAGAAUAUGAGCUAUUGCGAAUGCUAAAUGAGCAUUGUUAUGUGUUUCCAUUCUGUGGGGUUGAUUUUCAAUGCAAUAACAGAACAGGAAUUUUUGAUUUCUAAUGCAAUAGUAGAAAACUCUCAAGCAAUGAUGAAUAGUUGAAUUACAGUGGCAAAUUGAUAAGCUUUUUUUUUUUAAAAGUACAAUCAUCAUUGUGUGUGUGAAAAUGUGCUUAUAUUAAGUCUGAAAAUGACAUUGACGUGUUGCACACUAUAUCUAAACAAAAAGGAACAAUACUUGAUGUCUGUCUAAUGUACACAGAUAAAGACUGGGUGAGAAUAUGUUUUUAUAUUGUGAAUAUGCAUACAACACUGUGUUUUUUAAAUGUGUGUAAUUUGUAAUGUGUUGAUCCAGUCGUGAUAGUAAUUGUGAAGUAGAUCAAAAAACUAAAUCAGUGAAAUGUAUUUUAGCACUUUAUAACUUGAGCAAAUAUGUACUGUAGUAAAAUAGCGUAUAGCUGAAAUAGACUAAUAAACCACUCAAUCAUGUUACAUAUACUAGAGUAUAUAUAAAAAGAAAAAGAAUAUGUAUAAUAGACAAAUAGAGAAAUUAUAGCCUUAACCCAAGUAUUAGUAAUAGAACAUGUUUGUUGUUUAUCAUCAUGUUAAGCAUGAAUACUUGAGAACAGGCAAAACAGAAGAAACGUGAAAAUGAGGAUGUAACAGAAUGUAUUUGUUAAACAGGUGGUGGAGUCCUUAAACUGUGAUGUUAUUUAACUCUGGGAAAUUUAUUUUUUUCAAAAAGAGUUUUCACAAUAUAAAUGGUCUAUUUAUCAAUAUCACUGUAUCCUAAUGAUGCCAUAAAAAGUACU